CCCUUAUCCAAAAACAACUGAAAGGGAUUAAGAAAGGGACCUAUAAUUCUUUUCAAAAAUAUUACUAUUUCACCGAAACUCAAGCCCUUCGAGGCAUUAAACCUCUUUUGGAACAGCAUAAAUUAACCCUGACUUUUAGUGAUAAUCCCGAAAGUUGUGUCAUGGAAAAAGGAGAAAAAGAAUGA